AUGACGAACACGACACAGACCCUUCAAAUUACGUCGAAUAAAAAACAGGCGACGCUCGCACUCGUAGAUGGUAUUUUCUCUGUGAAGAACAACACAGGUCAAUGUCUAAAACUGAGCGUUCCCGUACAGCGCGUAUUAUGGGCAGAAUGUUCCCCAGCAUCGUCUCAGGUCACCGUGCAUGUUCUGGCGAAAGAGAAGAGGACGAAGAUAUCCAGACUGCUGAAGAUAGAAGGUUCUCUGACCGAACAGGAUCUCGAGCAGGGGAAGCGGUGGACGCAGGCUCUGAUGGAUGCUGCUUAUGCGGGCAUCGAGCAGAGGAGGAGGUUGAGGGUGUUCGUCAAUCCGCAUGCUGGUCCGGGAAAAGCACGCUCCCUCUUCCGCAAGAGAAUUGAACCCGUCCUCCUCGCCGCUAAAUGCACUCUCGACGUAACAUAUACCACCCAUUCCGCCCACGCCCUCUCCCUCGCCCAAGAAAUCCCACUAAACACAUACGAUGCCGUUCUCGUCGUCUCCGGCGAUGGCAUGGCGCACGAAGUCUUCAAUGGGUUCGCGACGCAUAAGGAGGACCCGAUGAGAGCAUUAGAGAGUUUACCCAUCGUACCUAUACCGGCAGGGAGUGGGAAUGGAUUGAGUCUUAAUUUGAAUGGCGUGGAGGAAGGCCUCGACGUUGCCGUGGCCACGCUCACAGCGAUCAAAGGUCGUCCCAUGCCCGUAGACCUCUUCUCCAUCCUCACACGGAAAGACAACAAACGGAGUCUGUCUUUCAUGUCUCAAUGUGUAGGCCUGAUGGCAGACUUGGACCUUGGGACGGAACAUUUGAGGUUCUUGGGCGCGACGAGGUUCGUUUAUGGGUAUUUGAGGGGAGUACUAACACAGAAGAAAUGCCCCGUCUCAAUAUCCAUCAAGACCAUCGAAUGCGACAAAGAAACAAUGUUCGAGGCGUUUCGUUCCGCCACUUCAACAACAGCACCCGCUGAUCCAUCCACUGCGUCACCCGUGUCAGCGCCCGGGUCCUCGUCACAUCAUCAAGACGAGAGCACUAACCCCAUUAUUUCUAACGGGCACCCGCCAGAAGGCACGGGCGCAGGACCAGGAGUGGCAGUAGGACAGGGAGAAGGAGCGGAAGGUAGGAGUUCGAGUUUGCCGCCGAUGAAGUAUAAUUUCGAGAAUGCGGAGGGGGACGGGUGGAUGAAGUUUGAGAAGGGGAUAUGUUAUGUGUAUGCGGGUAAGGGACCUUAUGUCAGCCGGGAUUUCAUGCAAUUCCCGAUUUCGCUACCGAACGAUGGGGCGAUCGAUGUCGUCAUCCAAGAGCCAGGAUCGAGGGGAGAAAUGCUCAGGUGGAUGGACGGCGCGGACGCGGGGAAAUGUUACUGGCAGCCAAAUUGCCAUUACUACAAAGCGGCCGCGUAUCGGAUCACACCCCACCCUCCUACCUCGUCCUCCUCUCCCUCGACUUCGGCCCCAGCAGCAGCAGAGCCUUCAAACGGCGUGGAUCAUCCCAAACCGACAUCGACAACCCCAAAGCGCUCCCACUCCAUCGCCAGGUCUCACAAACGCCCGACCCCGAGUCUAGGUCCCAAGCCCACGAAUGCGGUCCCGCAUUCGGUGGCGGAGGGAAACCUGUCGGUCGACGGCGAGAGAUUCCCGUAUGAUGAGUUUUUGGUGGAGGUGCAUCCGGGUUUGGGGAGGUUCUUGAGUCUGUGGGGCGGGUAUCGGGCGGAUUUUAAGAGAGAGUGAGGGGGUUUUGUGGCUAGAAGGAUGAUGGCACGAUGGAGGAUGGGCGUGUGAGAUGGAGGGAGAUAUGGAGAAGAUGGUAAGGCGAAGAGGGAGAGGGGAGGCCAAGACGGACAUUUAACAUUGAAUUUUUCUGCCCUAUGUGCGGAUUCCGGAUUGACUUUGCGUCUUUACAUUAUACCCUCCUUCGUAGGUCAUGGCAUGCUGGUCGAUUGUUUAUUCAUUACUUUUUUGUUUUUACUUAUGCGGACUCGCUGGCGG